AUGAAAGCACCACCUCCACCGUUUUAUGAAGAACCUCCAAAUCAAUCACGGCUCCCCAAUGAACCGCCAUACGAGCGAACUCCACCGUCACCUCCCCAGAAAAAAGUCCCUGACGGUGAUGAUAUCGAUGGGCAUCCGUUCAAUGAGGAAGAUCUUAUACCCAGUGCAAAAUACUACGAACUUCCUGCUGGUAUAAUGCUUCCCGUGAUAGAGAUCGAACAAUUCGCGUACAAGGCUCUGGUUCCUGACAAGUUAAGAAUGCCACCACCUGUGCCACCCUCCCAAAGGCUUCUGAAUGCGUUGGACGAGUUCUACAGUGCUACCUUGGAUCCGACGAGAGAGCCAGCACUGCAGGCAUGGGGACGUGGAGGUUGCGCUGAAUUUAUGGAGAGAAAACAGAGGUUGAAGGGUAUAUUGGAGGAAAAACUGAAGAGGAAAAAAGUUAUUGAUGAUAUGGUUUUGAACGGCUUCCGGGAAAUGAAAAUCUGGCAGGAAGAUCUAAAUGCGGAAAUCAAGAUGAAAUAUGAUGAAAUGCGAAGGAAUGCUGUCAGUGAAGAGAACGAAAACCAGAAAGAAGCCUCCCCGUCUGCCACAUCGAAACGGAAGGAUCGUGGUCGUUCUCGGCGGUCUCGCUCACGAUCUCGCUCUUUGUCUCCGGGUGAUCGACCAUCGUUCGGUUCAAGACACAGAUCUCCUUCUCCUGUGGCAUUAUUCCGUAUGCCACCCGCCCCACUAUCAUCUGUCAAUAAAGGCGCGCAACUGAUGCAGAAGAUGGGUUGGAGCGGCACUGGCCUUGGAGCCUCGAAACAGGGAAUCCUUGAACCAAUAAGUGGCGGCGAAGUUCGUGACAGACAAGACCAGUUCCGUGGUUUGGGCAGUACAGUGGAUGUGUACGAGCAGUACAGGCGCCAGCAGUAUGUUGGGUGUCCACUGCAAGUACAUUUCGAUGAAGGGGGCAAGAACGAUCGGUUACUAGUUUCCACAAAAGAAAGCGUCUUCGCUUCUCUCUCAGCUAACACUGGACAGAUAGUGUGGAGACGAAUUCAAGAGGACGCGAAGGGUGUUGCACUACCAUCUGUCGCCGAUGAAACAGCUCUGUAUACUGUGUCCGACUCUGGUCGAGUUGUCAGGGCAUGGAGUAAGCGGAACGGCGCAUUGUUGUGGCAAACUGUCUUCACUGAAAAGGCCGAUCCCAGUGCACCACCGUUCAUAGUGCUUGCGUCUAACACGAUAGUGGUCUCUGGUUCGCACAGAAUAGCUGCUUUGUCUGAAACUGGUGAAAUUCGAUGGUCAACGGCAGUAGAGAAGAGUCACUGGUCAAGAAUAUCUGUGGAAAACGACGUCGUCCAUCACUUGUCAAUUCUGAAUGGAGUUUUUCAUGUCCAUGACUUUUCUCUGAGCACUGGGGAAUCCAUAGUCAUCAAAGCGAAAACCAUCAAAGCUGUGCGAGGAGAAAGAUGUGUUACCAUGCGGGAUCGUUUAGUGUGUGCGGAUGGCGAGUCGCUGUACAUUGUGGACGGUAUCACUUCUACUUUGAAAGAUGAAAACAAGGCUAUCGGUUUCAAGAUCAAGUAUGAAUGCUUUCAAAAGUGUUGGUUCCUUGAGUCAUUCUGUGCCUCUGUGCUCCAGAGAAGUGAUAGCAUUGGACAUGGACCACCUCCUGGUCAAGGAUGUGUUACCAUGCGGGAUCGUUUAGUGUGUGCGGAUGGCGAGUCGCUGUACAUUGUGGACGGUAUCACUUCUACUUUGAAAGAUGAAAACAAGGCUAUCGGUUUCAAGAUCAAAGAAGUGGUAGCAUUGGACAUGGACCACCUCCUGGUCAAGGGUGCGACAUCCGCGUCGAUAUUGCGUUUGAAUCCGGAUGGAAUCCAAGAGGUCUUAUCCUUGUCGCACAAUGUAGACUCAGCUGCGAUUCAUUCUGACACACUUGUCACUAUCUCAGGGAAAAAUCUAGAAGUCUACGAUAUGAUAACAUUGAAACGGACUCACUGGUCAAGAAUAUCUGUGGAAAACGACGUCGUCCAUCACUUGUCAAUUCUGAAUGGAGUUUUUCAUGUCCAUGACUUUUCUCUGAGCACUGGGGAAUCCAUAGUCAUCAAAGCGAAAACCAUCAAAGCUGUGCGAGGAGAAAGAUGUGUUACCAUGCGGGAUCGUUUAGUGUGUGCGGAUGGCGAGUCGCUGUACAUUGUGGACGGUAUCACUUCUACUUUGAAAGAUGAAAACAAGGCUAUCGGUUUCAAGAUCAAAGAAGUGAUAGCAUUGGACAUGGACCACCUCCUGGUCAAGGGUGCGACAUCCGCGUCGAUAUUGCGUUUGAAACCGGAUGGAAUCCAAGAGGUCUUAUCCUUGUCGCACAAUGUAGACUCAGCUGCGAUUCAUUCUGACACACUUGUCACUAUCUCAGGGAAAAAUCUAGAAGUCUACGAUAUGAUAACAUUGAAACGGACGUACGAGGCUGCUCUUCCAUCCGAUGAUGGAAAUUUGGCUCCUGUGGAGACUAUCUACAUGUCCGUUAAGGAAGCCAUAGAGCUGCUAAUUGUAAGAAGCGAUUGCAGAAUGGAAUUCGUAAUCAUUGACACUGCAAAGUCAUCAGUUGUUUCCGAAUGGGUGCGCGAAGAGGCUUUGGCACGAAUCAGUACUGUGGAAAUGGUCGAUUUACCGUUGUCUGAAUUGCAACAAAUGAUUGAAGACGAAUUUGAAGAAGAAGGGGGCACGAGCGGUUUAAUGUCGUCCUUCAUUCGACGCUUAAUCUCACAAACAUCACAAAUCCAGAAUCAUAGCGGUGAAACUUUGGAACGAGACUUCUUCAAUCUUCGUAAAAUCAUAGUUGCUACAACAUUAAACGGGGUAGUGUUUGGUCUCGACAGCAGUGAUGGCUCAAUAGUUUGGCGCUUAUGGCUUGGCAACCAUUUCGCUCCCUUAUCUAGUUCUAUAGGGAAUGAUGAGGUGCCCUUGUUUGUGCAGAGAUCAACAGCUCAUUAUCAGUUGCCUGGCCAAGCAUCUGUUGCAUUCAGAGAUACGGAAUCUUUGACCGGCGUGUUGAUAUUCUUCAACCCAAUUACUGGAAAAGUCGUAGAGAGAAAACAACUACCGACUCCAAUAUCUCGUGUUGAUGUACUGAGUUUCGUGGGUCGGGAGCACAUAUAUCCACUUAUUGUUGUUGGAGCUAAUAAGAAGAUAUCCAUACAUCCUCCUCAACCUGAUGACGUGCUAGCUGGAGCUCCUCCCGUCUAUAUCCUUAUACCAGAAGGUUCACGUAUUUCUGGAGCAAGUAUCAAUCUGUCAGAAAAGAAACUAGUUCAAGAGUGGACCGCUGAGUUGCAUUUGGCUACAACGGAGAAAAUUAUCGCCAUCAAGGGAAAACCCAGACAUCAAAAAAUGCAUUCACAAGGAAGAGUGUUGAUUGAUCGCAAUGUGCAGUACAAAUAUGCAAAUCCAAAUCUGGUUGCAAUAGCCACUUUGGAUCCAGUUCAUCAAUAUUUGUCGAUUUUCCUGGUAGAUGUAGUUUCUGGACAAAUGGUUCAUUCUGCUCGCUUGUCUAAGGCCACAGCACCCGUGCAUUUGGUUCAUUGCGAACACUGGAUUGCGUAUUUUUUUAUCAAGUUCCUUGAACUUUCAUUCGUGCUGUUCAUUGUAUUGUUUUGCAGUAUUCCUAUUGGUCGGAGAAGGGAAGACGAACUGAAAUAG